AUGCGGCGAGACAUGAACAUCACCAACCUCAAGAAAUACCGCCAGCGUCGACGGCUGGUUAAACUCGCUUCCAUCGUCUUGGUGUCAGGUCUGACGAUUUGGUCACUUUUGCACUUUUUCUUCUGGCACGGCUCGUCUUCCGUAUCCCCUGCCUCUUUCUUCUCUUCGUCAAAAACGGCACAAGAAGGCGGGACCUUCAACCCUUCACUAGACCAAGAAAAAGAAAUAGACUACGAAACCGUAGCCUCUUCGCGCGCCAAAUCUUCCCCUCGAGGGGGCAGCAUGCCGAAACUAACCGACGAGAUCCUCAGCAACUUGUCUCUGGACAGCGAGACAUGUCGGGCUACCUUUCCGGGGUUGAUGAAGGAGAUUGACGAUACGGUAGCCAAGGGACCGUUCAAGGUGAAGAGGAGCAGCGAUUUGGGGCCGAUGCAGGUUAGGAUUAAGAAGGGCAGGAUUUAUGUGUUGCAUGCGCAAAGAAAGAGGGAUUUGAGUCGGGAGAUGGUUAAUUCAAGAACAGCAGCCCUCCACCAACUCCACCGGGCGCUUCUCACUUUACCUCCCUCAGACCGAUCUUCGAUCUCAUCAGAGUUCGACACAAUCCUAACCAUCAACAUCCUCGACACCCCCUUCGGCACCGCCCUGCAAUACACGCGCAACGCCGACCCGGUCCAUGCGCCCUCAGACCCUGACGCCCGCACUUUCUUGAUCCCCCACUUCUCCUUCUGGGCAUGGGACCUCCCCUUUAUCGGAUCCAUCUCGCGCGCCGCCGCCGCCAUCACGCAGCUCGAAGAGACCCAGUUCCAGGGCAACAGAUGGCACAGCCACAAGGACCCGCGGGCCGUCUGGCGCGGCACCACGUGGUUUAACUCGAUUCACAACCCGCAACUGCGAUACAAGCUUGUUUCGACAGCCAAAAAUAAGCCGUGGGCGGAUGUGCAGGGUCUUGAAUGGUCAUCAUCAUCAAGUACCAACAGUGAUGGCAAUGGCAACACAAAUACCAAAAACGCUUCCAACUCGCUAGCCAUCGAAGACUUCUGCAAAUACAAAUACGUGCUUCACACCGAAGGGAUUUCUUAUUCGGGAAGGUUCCAGUUCCUGCAAAUGUGCGCGUCGGUCACCAUCACGCCGCCGAUCCAGUGGAUGCAGCAUACCACGCACCUUGUCAGACCCUUAUUCUCGAGCGAUCUGGACUUGGACAAGGCGCGGUCGUUGCGCAAACGGAGGGACGGCAAGACGAAAGAUACUAGAGCAAAGCCGGGUAACGCGAAGGAGGGAGGGUGGACGCCGCAUGUUAGACAUGAAAGGGCGUGGCCGAGGAGGUAUGAGCCUAAUGAGGCCAAUAUUGUGUUUGUGAGCCCUGACUGGUCCGAUUUGGAGGAUACGGUGCAUUGGCUGGAGGAACAUCCCAAGGUUGCGGAGGGUAUUGCCAGGAGACAGAGGGAGCUGUUUGUGGGUGGUGGGUACUUUAGUCCGGCGGCCGAGGCGUGUUAUUGGAGAGAGCUGGUGAGAGGGUGGGCGAAGAUGGCGAGGCCGGAGAAGGGCGAGUUUGAGGAGUUGGGAGUGCCGUAUGAGGAGUUUGUGUUGAGUAACGGGUGGGAUUGA